AGGGGAUUUCAUACCUACCCCAGCUGCUCUCAGCCCGCGCUCAGCUGGAAGGUUUCUGUUGCUGUAAGCAAAAAUGCCAGCGAGAUCCACGGCUCAGCUGGCGUGGCUCUGCAUUGUCACCGUGUCCGUGGCAACCUACCCGGCCCUGCUGCAGAGACCUCCCAAGAGGAGAACCCUCAGCAACAACGGCAACGCUCAGCCCAAGGUGCCGGGCUGCUGCGAGGAGAUCAGGGAGCUCAAGCUGCAGGUGGCCAACCUGAGCAGGAUGCUGCAGGAGCUGAGCAAGAAGCAGGAGGGGGACUGGGUGAACGUGGUCAUGCAGGUGAUGGAGCUGGAAGGCAGCACCAAGCAGAUGGAGUCGCGGCUCAUCGACGCCGAGAGCAAAUACUCCGAGAUGAACAACCAGAUCGACAUCAUGCAGCUCCAGGCGGCCCAGACGGUCACACAGACGUCAGCUGUAGAUGCUGUCUAUGACUGCUCAUCACUUUACCAGAGGAACUACCGAAUUUCUGGUGUUUACAAGCUACCCCCUGAUGAAUUUUUGGGGAUUCCAGAUCUGGAGGUGUUCUGUGACAUGGAGACAGAUGGAGGUGGCUGGACUAUCAUCCAAAGACGCAAAGUUGGUUUGACAUCGUUCAAUAGGGACUGGAAACAAUACAAGGAAGGAUUUGGAAAUAUUCGGGGAGAUUUUUGGCUGGGAAAUGAAAAUAUCUACCGGCUUUCCAGACGCCCCACUGUCCUGAGAGUGGAGCUGGAGGACUGGGAAGGCAACACACGUUAUGCCCAGUACCAGCAGUUCACCCUGAGCAAUGAGAUCAACAGUUACAGGCUGUUUGUGGGGAACUACAGCGGGAACACCGGGAGAGACUCCCUGCGGUACCACAACAACACGGCCUUCAGCACGAAGGACAAGGACAACGAUAAGUGUGUGGAUGACUGUGCCCAGUUCCGCAAAGGUGGCUAUUGGUACAACUGCUGCACAGAUUCCAACCUGAACGGGGUUUACUACCGAAAGGGAGAGCACACCAAGAACAUGGAUGGCAUCACCUGGUACGGGUGGCACGGAUCCACCUACUCCCUGAAGAGAGUCGAGAUGAAGAUCCGGCCGGAGGAUUUCAAACCAUAGAGGGAAUCAGAGCUGGAUUAUACAGCUCCACGGUGCCACUGCACAGAAGGUGGGCAAUGGACAGCCAAGUAAUUGUUCCUUUCAUCUAAUCUGUGCAACAGCCACGCUCUGGCCAUGCACACACACCAACACCGCAGCACAGCAAGUACCAGCCACAGCCACCAUGUCAGCAGGGCUCAGACCUACUUCCUCCUCUUCAGGCUCUUUCCAAAGGGAAAAAAAUAUUGUGUUAGAAUAGUUUAGAACUGAAUGCACUCAUAGCACCUUCAGAAAACCUCUGGGUGUGUUUUCUCUAGCAGUGGGUUGCUUUAGUAUUAUUAACUAGAUGGGCAGGGGCUGAAAAGCAAGAGCCUCCUUGCUGCCUUUCCUUCAGUGUCCCGAGCCAGCACUGCUGAGUAACCCCCUCCAGGAGGGACCCAAACCACAAAAUUACACACUCAUUUCAAGCCAGAGGAAUCAACCAGAGGUGUCCCUGAUGAACCUUUCUUUAGUGUAUAGUAAGUGGUUUGCUUGCUUUCCCACAGAGGAAAACCACAACGCUCCAAAAUGUUGAAUUGAUGAGCAUUGUCCAGGUUCUCUCCUGAAGUUUUGCUGCCACCUCCUGCUGCUGCCUCAAAUAAUCCCCACAGAGGCCGCCCCCAGCAGACUGUAUCCCUGGAGAAGGAUUUGUCCCUGGUGCUCUCUGAUGUUUAUUCCUAUCCACACAGACCACCCAAAAUGCUGAUAAACUGGAAAGCAACUUUCUGGGCUGUCACCAAAUUACGUUCAGGUUAGAACACAAACGUGCUGUGUGUCAGUAAGGCUAAGAGUGAACAGCAGGUGAGUCAAAAAUGUCCAGACCCAGCCAAAAAAACUCAACUCCAACACUUAAAAUCACUGUAUCCAUGAGCAAAACACGAGUACACACCAGAGAAUCCCUAAGUGCCAAAGGUUACUCAAACAUAAGGGAAUGUUUGCUAGCACACCACACUAAGGAAUAUCAAAAUCUAUUCUGAAAACUACCCCCACAGCAAGUUACCUGGAGAUGCUAUGUCAAAAAUCAGCAUGUUUCUCCCUUACAUAACACAGUGUUAAAAAUAAAAGUUGAAAAAGAAUGAGACUCCUCCUGUAGCCCUACCAUUGUUUGAAUAUGUUGGAAAAGACAGUUAUCAUUAAUAUAUCUAUUUUUAUUCACCUUAAAGAGAGUCUGAAUCUAAUUUAAAUUGUUCAGUCUUGUGUGAAAUGGGAGAUCAAGGUGUCUUGGGAAUUGCCUUACAUAUGUUCAACUAUUCAUACUGCAA